AUGCCUAAAGAGAGGAAAGACCGUUCUGUAUCUCAUGAAAAGUUAAAAGCAUCUCCUUUGUAUUGUGAGUCAAGCCGUGAUUUAAAGAAGCCAAGUGAGAAAGAAGUUAAGGAAUGGGAAGAAGCUCGAUGUCCUGUCUGUAUGGAACAUCCUCACAACGGCAUCCUUCUCAUUUGUUCUUCCUUUGAUAAAGGUUGUCGUCCUUACAUGUGUGACACUAGCCACCGUCAUUCCAACUGUUUCGAUCAGUACCGUAAAGCUUCUAAACAGACACAAACUGUGUCUGAAAACGGUGUAGGUUUAGAGUCAAGAGAAGAGGUUGUGUCUGAGGUUACAGUAAGAGAAGAUGAGAGAGAAGUAGAAGAAGAAGAGAAAACGAAACCGAAGCUUACUUGUCCGUUAUGCCGUGGACAUAUAAAAGAAUGGGUAGCGGUUGAAGAUGCUAGAGGUUUCAUGAACGCGAAACUUAGAACCUGUUCUUCUGAGAGUUGUGAGUUCAGUGGAACUUACUCUGAUCUGAGGAAGCACGCGAGGCUUAAGCAUCCAGGAGUUAGGCCAUCGGAAGCUGAUCCUGAGAGGCAGAGAAGCUGGAGGAGGUUAGAGAGGCAGAGAGAUUUAGGUGACUUGCUUAGCACACUUCAAUCUUCUUUUGGAGGUGAAGAAAGAAGCAGCAACGAGAAUGAUGGUAUUCUGUCGUUUGAUGAUGGUGGUUGGCUUACAGUGUUCUUCCUCAUCCGUGUGUUUAGACCAGAAUCCUCAAGGAGUAGUAGCUGGUCAGGUACGUCUAGAGCUAGGUCACAUAUUGGUGUGAGGAGAAGAUCUUCAAGGCUUUGGGGAGAGAGCUAUGAAGGUGGUGAUACGGGGACAUCGUCUAGAGAUGAAGAGAAUAAUCAGUCUUCUGAUGAACAUGAGUCUAGACGACGUGUCCGAAGAAGAGCUUUCAUUGCUGAUGAUGAUGAUGAUGAGGAAGAACCAUGA